CCGCGAUGAUCCCCCCCGAGCCGCCGCAGCAGCAGCUGCAGCCGCCGCCGCCAGCCCCGCCGAACCAUGUGGUGACCACCAUCGAGAACCUGCCGGCCGAGGGCAGCGGCGGCGGCGGCAGCCUGUCCGCCUCCUCCCGGGCUGGCGUGCGCCAGAGGAUCCGCAAAGUGCUGAACAGGGAGAUGUUAAUCUCUGUGGCUCUGGGCCAGGUGUUAUCCCUCCUUAUUUGUGGAAUUGGCUUGACCAGCAAGUACCUGUCAGAAGAUUUCCAUGCCAAUACACCAGUCUUCCAGAGUUUCCUCAAUUACAUCCUUCUCUUCUUGGUUUAUACCACCACCCUAGCGGUCAGACAAGGAGAAGAAAACCUCCUGGCAAUUUUACGACGAAGAUGGUGGAAGUAUAUGAUCCUGGGACUCAUAGACCUGGAAGCAAAUUACCUGGUGGUCAAGGCCUACCAGUACACGACUCUGACCAGUAUCCAGCUCCUGGACUGUUUUGUGAUCCCAGUGGUCAUUUUGCUCUCCUGGUUCUUCCUGCUGAUCCGGUACAAGGCUGUGCAUUUCAUCGGCAUCGUUGUCUGCAUCCUGGGAAUGGGCUGCAUGGCGGGAGCAGAUGUGCUCGUGGGAAGGCAUCAGGGAGCAGGAGAAAAUAAGCUGGUAGGGGACCUUCUGGUCUUAGGAGGAGCCACACUCUACGGGAUCUCUAACGUCUGGGAAGAAUACAUCAUCCGAACCCUGAGCCGAGUGGAAUUCCUGGGAAUGAUUGGACUCUUUGGCGCAUUUUUCAGUGGAAUUCAAUUAGCCAUAAUGGAGCACAAGGAGCUGUUAAAGGUGCCCUGGGAUUGGCAAAUAGGACUGCUCUACGUUGGCUUUAGCGCCUGCAUGUUUGGUCUCUACAGCUUCAUGCCCGUCGUCAUCAAGAAAACCAGUGCCACUUCAGUCAACCUCUCCCUGCUCACAGCAGAUUUGUACAGCCUGUUCUGUGGAUUGUUUCUCUUCCACUACAAGUUUUCAGGACUUUAUCUCCUGUCUUUCUUCACCAUCCUCAUCGGGCUGGUGCUCUACUCCUCCACCUCCACAUACAUAGCCCAGGACCCCCGAGUAUACAAGCAGUUCCGCAAUCCUUCGGGACCUGUUGUGGACUUACCAACCACAGCUCAGGUGGAGCCUUCGGUCACCUACACCAGCCUGGGCCAAGAGACUGAAGAGGAGCCCCAUGUUCGUGUGGCCUAGGAUGAGGCCCUCCCUGCCCGAGGACCACCCGGUGGCCAAGUGUUCACCCAUCAUCUCUGUAUUGUACAUAGAGAAAGGUAUUUAUUAGGUGCGGUUUACACAGGUGGACUGCAAGGUAGCAAAUCUGAAAGCCUGUAAAAGACACGAGGUAAACAUCACCCGAGACGCAGGCUCUGAUCCAUCUGGCUUUGGAGCGAUGCCUGGCUAGUGUAUAUUCUGAUCACAAUCCCCCUGCAUUAAUUACUGUGAACAUUUUUGAAUCAAAAGCAAGUAUGAUUAUUAUUAUUUGUAUUAUUCUUGUUACUGUUAUUACACUGACUUUCAGGAGGAUGUUUUAUACUCCUGAUGGGAACUAUUGCCAGACCCACAUGUAGUUAACAUAGAUCCCACUUUUCUAUGGCAAGUCACUUUUUAAGAAUCAUACUUUAUUUUUUUGCACAGUCUGUGUGAGUGUUGCACGCCACAGGAGCUCCACCCCUGAGAAGUUUCCUUAUCCUAUGGACCUGGUGGCUAAUGGUUUCCUCUGUUACCUGUUGGAUUGCCUGCUCAAUAAGUAUUUUGUGCUGUGACCCUUGUGGGGAGGGGCAACUGACCAGAUAAUUCUCUAUUCUAGGAAUAGAUAUAAAACAAACAUUGUAACCUUUUUAUAUUCCAAUCUCUGAUUACUCUAGGCCAUUGCCUUUCUGUUUUGCCAUGUGAUUCUGCUAAUCAAGUCCCUGUAAUAACAGGAUAAGGAAUGUUCCAUUUCUGUGGCUUACGAAAAACCCCAGAAAUAAUAACAUUUGUGUUUAGGGUAAUAUGUAUUUUUUUAAAUCUUUCUGCCCCUCCCUAUAUCCUCUCUUCAAAAAGUAUAUUUGAUUUUCCUUUUUUCCUUAUAUUUCUUAGUGAUAAUGUGGAAAUUAAUCAAGGCAUUGGAAAAAGCCAUGGUCCUCUAUCCUCUUAAUUGUGUGACACCUUUUUUGAAAUACACCAGCAUGGAAAUUACCUUUAUUAUAGAGUAUCAUUGGUUGUGUGGCCUCCCAACAAAGUCAAAGUGCUGAUGUGGAGCAGUCUCUGACAGUAGCUUGAUUGAUCUCGCCACUUUGUAGUGGUAAAGACGUUAGCAAUAAAAAAAGUCUGGCAUUUUGGUCAUAUUUGGCAUCCAUUUAAGAGCAGAAUAUAUCAACACAAUGUUCUUAUGGAUACACAGAAUAUUACUGGGUCCUGAUAAGGCUUUGAGGGAUAUGUCACUAGUCCAAUUUUAUUGCCCUUCAAAUAGCCCUUUUUUCAAACACAGAAAAUCAAGAAACACCACAGACCACUAUGAUUUAGAACAGAUUCUGUGUGUCAGUACGUGAAAUAGUCUUUAAGGUUGACUGGUUCCAAUACCAUUCAAAAAGAUCCUCAAUGGAGUUAUAGAGUUUGUGAAGGAAAAAUAAAUGCUUAUGAAACUUUGGGCAAUUCAAAUCAAUACAUCUUAAGCCAGCAAAGCAAAAUACCAGUGGGGUCUCUGUAAAGUUGAACGAUAGAUUGCAGCUUAGUCAGCAUUUAUUUUGGGGUGUUUUUUUUGGUAAUCAAGACUGGCCCUGAGCUAACAUCUGUUG